GUCAGACGAAGCCAAGCUUUCUAAAGUCCUGUGUUGAUCUAUAAAGACCAUAAAGCAUACCAGUUGGUUUGAUUCAGAGAAAAAAAAACAAUUCUGCCUCUAUAUCCUCUUUGAGGUGAAGUGUCGUUCGAGUUCAGUCAUCAGUGAGUAGUUAGCCAUGGGAAGAGCCCCAUGUUGUGAUAAAGCUAACGUGAAGAGAGGACCAUGGUCUGCUGAGGAAGACGCCACUCUCAAGAACUAUCUUCAAAAACAUGGCACUGGUGGCAAUUGGAUUUCUUUGCCUCGCAAAGCAGGCCUUAAAAGAUGUGGCAAGAGUUGUCGUUUAAGAUGGUUGAAUUAUCUGAGACCAGACAUCAAGCAUGGAGGCUUUACAGAAGAAGAAGAUGACCUUAUCUGUUCCCUCUAUAGUAGCAUGGGAAGUAGGUGGUCUGUUAUAGCCUCGCGGCUGCCGGGAAGGACAGACAACGAUGUUAAGAACUACUGGAACACCAAGUUAAAGAAAAAGAUGUUGGAAGGAAAGCUUGAUGCAAAGAAAAGCAGCAAAAUCAGAAACAAAAUUGAUAUAUCCAUUAACAACUGUAAUGAUCCUGUGGUACAAUUUUCAGCUUUCUCCGUUCCAGAAUCUGAAACUUAUAAUCCUGGAAAUUCAUCACCUUGCUUCAGUGCAUAUUCUACCACCUUGCCACCUCUCAUGGAGAUGGGCAGUUUCCAACAAUGUUGCGAUCCACAAUUUCAAGGGCUGAUUCUGAACCAGACCCAAUUUCCUAUUUCAAGUUUUAUGGAAGUUCCAAGUUUUGGGACAUCUGGGUGUGACAGUUACAGCGUAUCAUCGUCUCAUCAGGAAGCUUCAAGCCUAGUGCCUUCGGACAGCAACCGUUACUCCAUAAGCUCAGGCAAUGGAAGCCUAGUAAAAGACAAUGGAUUUGAGUUUCUUUAUGAUGAGCUGCUUAAUGAUCUUGGUUUUCAAGGAAAAUUUAGUCCUGAAGUUGCUCCAUUUUUAGGUAACAACUAAUGAUCAUCUUCCAUCCCUUAGCUAAUCAUCUGGCUAGCUAGCUAACAGUUCUAAACACUAAUGCAUAAAAUUUUUCUUUGUAAACGCAAUACUUUGAAAUAAUAAGUUG